CAGAGCACACAGCACCAGUGCAACAGGACGGAAGUGCUGACCCCUUGAACCGAUCUUUACACCUGCACUCGUCUAGUCCAUCCACAGCCAGCCAGCCAGCCAGCCACCCAGCCAGACAGACAGACAGACAGACAGACGGACAGCCGUCUACCACUUGAGUGCCGACUGUGUGACGAGGCCCAGCGACUCGGCCUCGUCCUUGAGGCUCCGAUAAAAGGUGUGGAACAGCCUCUCCUGCGCCUCGGCCACAAAAUCCCCACCCCGCCUCUCCACGGCCGCCUUCUCCCUCAACAGCGCAUACACCCGCCACGCUCCCACAUUCCGCCUGGGCGGCACACAUGCCGUGUCGUCACUCUGGUGCAGCAGGGCCUCCAACUCCUCCAGCCGGUGUUUCAUGUCGCUCACGGCCGGGGGCUUCUUGGCUGCCGACUCUGCGUCUGCAUGUGCAUCGGCUGACGAUGAGGGGACGGGGUGGUCUGCGAGGGUGGAGGUGAUCUGGCCGCCGCCGUUGAGGCAGCCGCCCGGGCACGCCAUGAUCUCCACAAAAUGCAGCUCACUGCUGCUGCUUGUGGCGGUGGUGGUGGUGUUGUUGGCGGCUUCUGCCUGCUGUCUGACGCGGCGGAUGACGUUCUGGAUGUUGCGGAAGCCGUAGGCCAUCGCGAAACGAAGCUUGACGGCACCGUCGACUUCCAGCGUCACCUCCUGCCAUGCCAUCAGACAGCCCAACCCACUCGUCCAGUCCCUGCAUUCGCGUGUGGUGUGUCCUUCACUGUCUGUCUGUCACUCAUGUUUGUGCUCACCUUGAUGUCUUUAUUCCUCCCCGGCUUGAGCUGCAGCGGUCCCUCCACCGUCACCCCGAACAGCUCCCGCGCCGCAUGCCGAAACACGGUCUCAACAUAGCCCCCCGACCCCCCAUUGCUGCCCACAGGCACAGACAGAUGGUGCUCUUGAUGCUGCUGCUGCUGCUGCUGUCCCGAGCCAGCCGACGAGGCCGUCGGCGACGUCUGCGCGUCCUCCUCGGAGCACGCUCUGUCCUCACUGGGCGGUGUCGGGCAGAUGGACGUGAUGAUGGACGUCAGGGAGUCGACGGGCGACGGGGGGAGGGAGGGGAAGUCGACACCCAGCUCGUUGACCAGGUCGAGUAUCUCCGUCGUGGCCAGCACCGUGUCCACCGAGCCAGGCGACUCACCUGUCUGGCUGGUGCUGGUGCUGCUGCCGGUGGGCGGGAGGGGUGGGGCGUCUGCUUGUGUGGCAUCGACAAGGGGGUUGCCGCUGCUGGUGUGGUCGUACUUGAACUCCGGCCGGGACGCCUCCAGCUUCUUGUCGAAACACGGCAUCACACUCACGUGAUACACAUCACCUCGAGAGGCCGGCUGGCCCUGUUGCUGUUGCUGUUGCUGCUGUUGCUGCUGCUGCUGCUGCUGUGUGAGCCUCGUUGGGGGUCGGGGGAAGGGGAGAGGGGUGGAUGACCGCCACUGGCGGAGGAACUCCUGCCUGCUGUGGUGGAGGGGUAUGAAGGUCUUGACGAGCUCGCCCUGGAUCUGCUGGCUGGACCGCACUGUGCUGAUGUGCGGCAGCACCUCCUUGUCCAGCACCUUCUCGGCGUAACAGAUCCACCCGGGGCAGUGUGACGCCAACACGGGCAGCGCGGGAUGCCCCUCAGCUUGGUAGCGGUCGACAAACUCCUGCUGCGCCUCGAUGAGGGUGAUGGCCUCACUCACGGCCAUGUCCACCACAUACACGGGGCAGGGGGGCGAUGGCGAUGCCGAUAAUGGCUCGUCUUCUUGACUGGCCUUGGCUGUCGGCAGCCGAGCGAGCCGGAAGAGCGUGGCAAGUCUGCCCAUGACGUCCCACGGCGACAUGUGGAAGUAGGCGGCAAGUGAGGUCCUCGACUGAGGCGAGAUGGAGACCACCAUCAUGCCGGCCGUGGCGGCCUUCCGCCUGACCUCCUCGAUGCCCUGCUGCUGGAUGAGCACCGCCUCUGCCGACGUGACGCAGCCGCUGCACGCGAGGCAGUCGUUGAGAGAGACCUCGGCCUUCUUCUCGGCCGUCUUCUUGAUCAGGUUGGGGCGCUGCAGCUUCACCUCCAUGGCCGCCUCCUUGCCUUCAGACGCAUCGAGCUGCAGCUUGCCGCUCUUCUGCUGCUGCUGGUCCUUGGCCGCAUCCAGGAUGGGCUUGACGCACUCCUGAAUACAGUCAGGAGCACAGAAAGGGACAAGACAGCACAAGCUGUGGGUGUGACGUGUCCUCGAGGCAUCUGAUGUGGCGUGUGUGUCUUGAUGUACCUGUGCGGGAGUGAGGAAAUCAUCCAGGUCGGCAAGCCGCACAGCAUUCGAAAACGCCAUGAUGCUCACGGGUCUUCGCUUCCUGUG